UUCUAUGGGACCCGUCAAAACCCGACGCGACGAAAAACUUGGCGACAGUUGCGAGACCAAUCGGAAAGCCGACACGACCCAAUACGCUAUCUACGAGAGAUUCAAUUCCUGCGGCUGAGGUGCACCUGGCUUCUGUUGCAGAUAAAAUGAAAGAUAGAUGAGAAAAAUAAGGAAAGCCCAAUUUGCUCUCGAAAAGUAAGGAAAGUCCUUGUCUCUGCUUCUGGAGAGAAUGGCCAGCAGCUUGUCGGUGAUUAAUCCAUGCUCCUUAUUCGCUUAUCAGCCCGCCGUCACGGCUGCUGCUGUUUUUGUACGCAGAGAUGAGCUUUCACGACGGAAAUUCCAUUCGUUAUCUUCAAGAGCUGACUCUAGGACAUGUAAACUUAGAUACCGGUUUAAUCGUCUGAUAAGGAACUGCUCCUCUGCAAGCCCCGAAGUCGUCGUUGUUGACGAUAAGAAGUACGGCAACAAGCAUGUCAUCAGCAUUACCCCUCGCCUCUACAACUACAUCCUCACCAACGUUCGCGUGCCUCAGAUUCUCCAGCAACUCCAGGAGGAGACUGCCAACAUGAUCGGAAGCGUGAUUUCAGAGCAUUCUGUGUCUCCUGAGCAAGCACAACUGCUGGCGAUGCUAGUGCAGAUUCUUGGGGCAGAAAGGUGUAUUGAAGUUGGUGUUCUCACUGGAUACUCAUCCUUGGCCGUCGCAUUGGUCCUUCCGGACUCAGGUUAUUUAGUUGCAUGUGAGAGAGAUGCCACGUCUCUUGAGAUUGCAAAAAAGUAUUAUGAGCUAGGUGGUGUUUUACACAAAGUAACUCUAAAACACGGACUAGCUGCAGAUACCUUAAAAUCUAUGAUUCUGAAAGGUGAAGCUGGCAGCUAUGAUUUUGCGUUUGUUGAUGCUGACAAGGAGACGUAUCAAGAAUACUACGAAUUGCUACUACAACUGGUUAGGGUGGGUGGAGUCAUUGUGUUUGACGAUGUCCUCUGGGAUGGAAAAGUUGCUGAUCCUAUGGUAAAUGAUGCAAAAACUAUUAGCAUUAGGAAUUUCAAUAAAAAUCUAAUGGAGGACAAACGUGUUAGCACCAGUAUGGUACCAAUCGGAACUGGCUUGACAAUUUGUCGGAAAAAAUGAUCUCACACCAAAUGCUGCAUACAUCUUGAUCAUUGAGUUGUUCUGGCAUGCUCAUUGGAUUCACAAAUUAUCAUAGAACUGAUAUAUUGAUUGAAACAAUCUCUAAAAAGGCUGCUCAUCUCUACAAACAAAAUAUAAAUUUGAUUUCAUUGUCAAAAGUUUGAUUGGCUUGUAAGUCCCAAGUUUCCUCCAUCAUGAGCAUGCCGAUGUAUAUUUUGAUGUUGAUUCAGAAACUUGAAACGCCAGCAUCUGAUGUAACAAUAGCAUGUGAAUGACUGAUUUGGCAAGUAUGAGUUGGCAGCAGAGUCAACAAGCAAGUUUAAUGUCUAUUAUUGUUGUCUUUGUUACAAUUAGCGUUUUUUA